CGAAAACACAGAUGACAAAUUACGGCUGACCGAGUCUGGAAGCUGCGCGCGAAAGGAGUCCGAGAAAUCGCAUUAAAUAACAGUUCGUCAGACCGCGCCGAUGCGUGCGGUUUUAUGUUCGUCCGCCAGCGAAUACAAACGAAAAUCAUUUGUUAAAUCCAAAGCCAGCAGCAAGCUCCAUGCGUUUUUACAUUUUUUAGAUUCGUGACUUUAAAAAGCUGCCGGAAUGGAUCCGUUGUUAUAUCUGGGCGGGCUAGUUGUCUUGUUUUUGGUGUGGAUUAAGGUGAAGGGCUUGGAGUACGUGAUAGUACACCAGAGAUGGGUCUUCGUUUGCCUUUUUCUGCUCCCUUUAUCCGUCGUCUUUGAUGUGUACUAUUACCUGCGCGCGUGGAUCAUCUUCAAGAUGUGCUCAGCGCCCAAGCAGCACGACCAGAGAGUCAGAGAUAUCCAGAGACAGGUGCGAGAAUGGAAAAAAGAGGGAGGGAAGAAACACAUGUGCACAGGUCGUCCGGGAUGGCUGACUGUAUCUCUCAGGGUCGGAAAAUACAAGAAGACGCACAAGAACAUCAUGAUUAACAUGAUGGACAUUCUGGAGGUGGACACAAAACGGCAGGUGGUGCGUGUGGAGCCCUUAGCUAACAUGGGUCAGGUGACCGCUCUGCUCAACUCUAUUGGCUGGACGCUGCCUGUGUUGCCUGAACUUGAUGACCUCACAGUUGGUAGGUUUUAUGAAAGAUAUCAACAAAUAUUGAAUUAUUCCUGCAUCAUUUACUGGAUGUUUCAGGAAGCUCUUCCUGAACUUACUAUUUCAUUUAUUGUCAAAUGUUCAGUGUUUUUCGCAUUGGUAUGA